AUCAUUUGUUUAGACACCGUCUUAUUGUAUAACUACUGACUUCCGUCUAAAGGUUAUCAUUAACAACAAUGUCAUUCCAAAUCUGUGCAACGCGAAUUUUGAAACAAGAACUAACCUCUCUAACACACCCUACGGGACAAGUUGGGCCGUUGAUUCAAAGUAUCAGAUGGGUCAAACCUCGCUAUAAACCAAUUGCUAAGAGUAAACAGUUUUAUGUUCGUGAGCCAACACCACAGGAUCCUGAAGAGCAAAAAAGACUGAAGUUCUUAAAUAAUGAAUAUUCCACAUAUCUUCGGGCACUAAGGACACAUUUCUUAAAUGAGAUAAGAGAAAGACCAAAAAUAACACACAACCAGAAUAGAAGUGAAGAUUUUAGACAAUUAUUGUUAGAAAAUGAUAAAUGGAAUGCCCAGGUGGCACAAGAAAGAGAAGCUGAUAUGGCAAGACUAUCAGAAUUGGAUGCUGAGAGGAAAAAAUUGAAGAGCGAGAGCUAUCAACAGUAUAGGCUUGACAGGAUGAUUGAAGCUGAAAAGAAAUUCUCAGCUGAAUUAGAGAAACCAUUUAUCUCACUUCAAGAUCUUGACAAAGAGAUUGCACUUGCCAUAGACUCUAAAGUUAAUUAUAAUUUUGCUAUUGACAAAAAAGGAAAUCUUUACAAAGAGGAGGAACCGAAGUUACUAGAAGAGAAACCAGAAAAUACCAAAUCUGAGUAAUUCUUUAAAUUUUAGUCAUAAAUGGAGGAUAUUUUUGUGUGUAUGUGUAAAUAAUAAAGCAAAUUUUAGUUCUUUUGGAA